GAAGGGAGGCUUGGGCGGGGGGCGGCGGGGGUCCGUGUCACAGAUCGGGGACCUUAGGGUUUGGACACGCACGGGCUCCAGGAGCCACUUGGGAGUCUGAGGGCAUCGGGGUGAGGGGUGUCUUAUUUGAGGGCGGAGGCAGCCGAGAGUGCGGCCGUGCAGCGUUUCUCGUAGUGCACCUUUGUUCGUGUUUGUUAAGUGAAUGAGCAAGCGCGUGUCCAAGUUAGAAGAGCUGCUCCGGCGCGUCCGGGAGGCCGGAGGCUGGGGCAGCCCCAGGGAAACGCGUUCGGGCCUGCAUUCUGCUGCUCUUCCAGGUCUGCAGAUGAAGAGCCCCGAAAAGAAGCGAAGGAAGUCAAACACUCAGGGCCCUGCGUACUCACAUCUGACGGAGUUUGCGCCACCCCCGACUCCCAUGGUGGAUCACCUGGUGGCAUCCAACCCUUUUGAGGAUGACUUCGGAGCCCCUAAGGUGGGGGGCGCAGCCCCUCCGUUCCUUGGCAGUCCUGUCCCCUUUGGAGGCUUCCGUGUACAGGGGGGCAUGGCAGGCCAGGUACCCCCAGGCUACGGCACUGGGGGUGGAGGGGGUCCCCAGCCUCUCCGCCGCCAGCCCCCUCCUUUCCCUCCCAAUCCUAUGGGCCCUGCUUUCAACAUGCCCCCCCAGGGCCCUGGCUACCCACCCCCAGGCAACAUGAACUUUCCUGGCCAGCCCUUCAGCCAGCCUCUGGGUCAGAACUUCAGCCCUCCUGGUGGGCAGAUGAUGCCAGGCCCCGUGGGAGGAUUUGGCCCCAUGAUCUCACCCACCAUGGGACAGCCUCCCAGAGGGGAGCUGGGCCCCCCUUCUCUCCCCCAACGCUUUGCCCAGCCAGGGGCACCUUUUGGCCCUUCACCUCUCCAGAGACCUGGUCAGGGGCUCCCCAGCCUGCCCCCCAACACGAGUCCCUUCCCUGGUCCGGACCCCGGCUUUCCGGGCCCUGGCGGUGAGGAUGGGGGAAAGCCCUUGAAUCCGCCUGCCUCCACCGCUUUUCCCCCGGAGCCUCACUCGGGCUCCCCAGCUGCCGCUGUUAACGGGAACCAGCCCAGUUUCCCCCCAAACAGCAGCGGGCGGGGUGGGGGGACUCCAGAUGCCAACAGCCUGGCCCCCCCCAGUAAAGCGGGUGGGGGCUCGGGGCCUCAGCCCCCCCCGGGCCUGGUGUACCCGUGUGGCGCCUGCCGCAGCGAGGUGAACGACGACCAGGAUGCCAUCCUGUGCGAGGCUUCCUGCCAGAAGUGGUUCCACCGCGAGUGCACGGGCAUGACCGAGAGCGCGUACGGGCUGCUCACCACCGAGGCCUCGGCCGUCUGGGCUUGCGACCUGUGCCUCAAGACCAAGGAGAUCCAGUCCGUGUACAUCCGCGAGGGCGUGGGGCAGCUGGUGGCUGCCAACGAUGGGUGACGCGGCCGAGGGCAAGGGUUCCCGAGUCUGGCUCUUGCUCCUCGUUUCCACUGGCUUCCCGUCCCCGCGGGGCAGAGACGCAGUGGCUCCUGAGGGCAGAGGACCUGAGGCGGGCAGGCGGAAGAGCCUGGAUGGCACGCUUCUCUGGAAACUCACUCGCGCACGUCGAGCUCUACAGGGAUCCAGGAAGCCGGAGCCCCGGCAGCGCCGUGGCGGCUCCCGUCUCCACAGGCCCCGGGGUGAGCCUGCGCGAGAGCGGAGGCGGGAGGAGGGUCUGCAUGGCAGGGGUCUCCUCCUGCAGGGGACGGCCGCCCCGGCCCCUGUGCCUCACAGCCCCGUCCAGCCCCGCGGCUGCAGCCUUAGCGUUGGGAGUGACGGGUUCGAGGUUUCUGGCCAGAGGAGUCGGGGUCCCAUCCCUGCGGCAGCUUUCGGGGGCUUUAGGAGACAGCUUUAGGUAAUAAAUGGGAGUUUUCCCUUUUCUUACCCUCCCUUGCCUCCAAGUCCUACCCCCUCAGACAACCAAAUAGCUGGAAGGAGCAGGAGAGUGUUUGGCCGGGGCAGUUUCGUGUGAUUUGGGGCUUCAAGACUGUGGGUGAGAGGUGCUGCCCGCCCCCGUGUCCCUUGUACCAAAGCCACUGGUCCUUUUUCAGCCUCUCUCGGGCUUUUCUCUUAAUGACCAUGUUUUUGCCAAAAGUUGGGAUAUGUGGUCUGACAGACCGGAAUAUCUGAGGUUCGGACUGUCCUGGGACCCGGGACUCUGAUGGCACCACGCUCCCCCCACCCCCUUGCCGAUUUGUGGCACAGUAGUGGCCGCGCGGGCCUGGCGCCACGGGCACCUGUAUCCUCCGCCUCCCCGGCUUCACUGAAGGAAAGCUUGAAAAGGCACCGAGCCCGUAUACCUCAUCUCCCGACAAGGCUCCCUGUCCCCGCGUGUGGCGGGCAGAGGCCGUGGGACCGAAGCGCAGCCCAGAGCCCGGGUGUGGUGGACCCUUCCGUGGCUCUUCCCAGGCCCGGUGACCUAGCCGUUCACGCACCUCCCCGCCGGGGCCCCGCAUGGGCUUUGUGCGUUCAUAUACUGAAUUGUAGGCGAUAUGGGCCCUGGGCCGGGGCUGGAGCACACACUCCUGGGGGGAGGGGGCCCAGGCAGCACACUCGCGGCCCAGAGGGGCUAGGGGGUCCCCGCCCCCCUCUCCCAGGACCCUCUUGUGUGAAGAACUGCUUGCACGGGUGAGGCCAGCAGUUUCUGAGGCUGUGGGGAGUGCUGGGGUGGGGGUGGGGGCUCGGCUUCCCUCCUCUGGUGUCCGGUCUCCCGCCCCCGGCUUUGUGUUGUGUUUGUGGUUCUGUUGCCCCUCUUUUAUCUGUUGCUAUUUUUGUGAUGUCUUCCCCCACCCUCACCCCUGUUCCUCCGCCAUCUCCACCUUUUGUAAGUGGCUCCUGGGGAGGGGUCUGCUCGAUCCUCUCCCUCUACACUAUUUGGAAGGGAGUGGGGGUGGCAGAGAUGUAGUGGUGGGGGUCUUUUGUACGAUUGGAUUAAUAAAAUGACUUGAAAAUCCA